GUGGAGCGCAGAGCUCGACAGUGAUUACUUCACACACACACACAAAGGAGGAGUUCUUGCUUCUCAGGAAACCCUGCAAGCUCAGAUCUCUACUACAAAAACAUUUGUCUCAGUGGAUUAUCCUCACUGUCAGGAACCUAGCCAGAAUGAAACUAGUUCACGUAGCCCUGCUCUAUCUCGGCACUGUGACCUUCCUCGGGGUGGAUGCUGCAAGGGUGGACGUAGCGACAGAGUUCAAAAGAAAAUGGACGAAAUGGGCACUAAGCCGCUCCAAGCGGGACGUGAAGCCUGCAGGCGUCCUUCGAGGACUAGGGGCAGCCGCCGACGUGCUGCCUCUCAUACGCACCCAGGACAUGAAGGAGGAUUCCCGAGUCUCGCCUGCCAGCAACCGGGGCGAUGCUCACAUCCGCGUCAAGCGCCAACGCCAGAGCAUGAACAGAUUCCCUCACUUCCAAACAAAGGCGUGCCGCUUCGGGACGUGCACGGUGCAUUGGCUGGUCGAUGAGCUCCACAGGGCGGCCGUCAACGAUAGGAACGAUGCCGCCCCUCCAAACAAGAUCAGCCCCCAGGGCUACGGCCGCCGGCGGCGUUCCCUGCCCGAGCGCCGCAGCCCAGCGCUCUCCCCCCACUCCGGACGGCGGCCACGAAGGCGCCAGGCGCAGUCCCUCGGCCCCGUCCUCGGAGUCUGAGCGCGGCAAGACCCAGCCGAGGCCGCCUCGACGGAUGGACUGAGGCACGGGUUAAGAUCCGCCAGGAUUGCGGAGAGCACCUGGCCGGGCGGGACCCCGGCGCGCCCUCCGCAGGGGAGCUGAGAAGGACAGCGGUGCUGUGCCCCUCGCCCGCCACGGACUCUUGCCCUCGCCGGGCCGGGCACUGCCGGCUCCCGCAGCAGCUGCCUCCCGGGACGUGAAGGUACCGCCGCUGCUCCAGGGGGCCGGACGGCCCUCGCAGUCCUCCCGAGCCCCGCCGCCCCGAGGAGGGGAUGCUCAGAGGGGAACCCGCCGGUGGGCGACGGGCCCCGGCCUCGCCCUCUGCCCCGAGGGUCGGAGGGUGCGCGUCAGACGUGGGCAAGGACAGGCCCACAUCUGCUCUACCCUCUGCGUUAUGUGCACCCGGCAGGGAAUCGGACUCUCAUUAGUCCCUGGAGGGACUGCGAUAUACUUGAACGUGACAGAGAGGAAAAGUGCAAUUGUACGUGGUUUUUGUUAAUUAUAAGUGCGGUGUGUGUGUAUUAUGAGGUAUGCAUUAGUAUUUAAGAUUGUUCUGUGUCAUGUCUUUUUUAAAAAUAUAUUUUAUUUUUAUACGGUUUAUAUAUAUAUAUAUAUUGCAUAAGGGCAUUUUAAAACAUUGUAUCCCCUCUAUUUUUCAUAUCAUGAAUGUCAAAAGUUAAACUCUUUUUCCAUACCUUUUUUUAUCUUGCAUUCCAGACUGGUGAAAGAUAUAGAGAAUGUAUCAGCUGUUCUCCAUGGGUAAUAUGUGAAAUAAAAUAAACACAAUUACAUAAAACACUUCAGUUAUGUUGUCUUUAGUGAGGCAGUGGUCAAGACGAAUCGUUUCUCACUGUGUUAAGUCCUACUCAUGCCAAGAGUGGCAUGUGGGAUAGACCAAAACGUGGGAUAUGUGGGCUAGAGUGGCAGUCCUGGGAUAGACCAAAACUCUUCCAUUGCAGACUUUGUUAGCAGCCAUCUUAUCUCAUCAAAUGGUGUAGGCUCCGAGCCAGCAAUGCAUCCUAAAAUUCCUGUGCGGGUCUGUCAAGAAGGCUCUAAGGCUCUUUUCUGCCCACACAUUCAAGCCAGGGCUGAAAUGUGUCACAGCUUGGAUUGAUCAUGCAAGUUUAUUUUUUGCCCUAAUUAAUCAGAGAAACAACUGCACACUUCAACAUUGCACAACAAAGUAACAGAUUUAUUGAGACAGCACGUUCCAAAAAUGGUCAUGGCAGCUUCCAAGGUUAUUUAUGUUGAAGGAUUUCCUGGGCCACAGUUCAGGUUAAAGUUAAAUGGUGACCGGUUCAGUGUGGGGAGAACAUUUUGGAUUAAAGCUUAGCAUGAGGGAUUUUGUUGUUUUGUUUUCUUCUCUCUCUCUCUCUCUUUCUCUUUUUUUUAAACAAAUUCCAAGCACUGACCAAAAAACAAAUGUGAAACUGAACCUUAUUAAUGCACCACCAGCACCAUCUAUUGGUGUCUACUCCUUGCACUCCAAGAAAACAAACCUACAACCUAAAAAACUGUAUCUGAAUAACUUAUUGGGUGAAACAUAGCAUUUCCUCUAUUUUACCAUAUCUCUGAACAUAUAAAAGUUGACAUAUACAGGAGAGGACUGUGGAACAGCAGAACUCAAUGCCACUAGAAUAAAUGAAGUGGGGAUUCAAGUUUUUUUUUUUUUUUUUUUUUUUUACCUAAUAUUAAAUUCCUCAAGAAAAUGUAUUUACAAGAAAAAUUGAACUGGCAGUGACACCUUUCCAGGAAACUGCUGCAAAAACUUUGGGUAGGGAUCUAGUGAUGAGAUGCUUGGCAUGUAUUCAUGAUUUUUCUUUCCAGGCUUCGAAGUUCUGCUCAGAAUUGCCUAUUUUAGUUACUUUCUAAGCACUUUCAACUAAGAUUUCUGAAAUCCUGACAGAAUUUCAGUGGGUUUCAAGUGGGUUUUCCACUUGAAACAUUAAGAAAAGAAAAGAAAAGAAAAGAAAAGAAAAGAAAAGAAAAGAAAAGAAAAGAAAAGAAAAGAAAAGAAAAGAAAAGAAAAGAAAAGAAAAGAAAAGAAAA